ACGUUAUCCGUAAGCGCCGGAAGUAGCCUUCUUAGAGCCAAAGAAAGCCUGGACGGAAGUAAUCCGCAGACAAGCCGUUAAGUGGACUUUCCGCGAUGGUCUUUCAUCGGUAUUAACUCCGAGGAGAAGCAGCGGCAAAAGAAGUACCACUUCCGUAUGUCAUGGCGUCACGAGACGUGAUCGGGCCUGCGCUACCUCCUCAUUUCGACGGUUCUACAGCCGAGGCAGAUUCUGCAGGAGAUUUCGUCCAGGUUGCAGGGCCAGCAUUGCCUCCAGACUACAAGAGUAACCCAGAAAGAUAUGGUUGUGACCAAGAAUGCACCUCUCCUUGUGUGCCCAGAGAAAUGGUAUGGGAUUCUGAAGAUGACAAAGAUACAAGUCCAACACCCCGAAAACAGAGAAGAUAUCAGGAAGAAGAAGAUGAUGGAUUCUUUGGGCCCACUCUUCCUCCUGGCUUUCAAAAACCAGAUGAAUCCCCAGAAAGACCUGUUAUAGGUCCAGCUUUACCACCGGGCUUUAAGAAGCUAUCAGAAGUUGCUGAAGAAAACAGAUGUUACACAAUACAGGCUACUGAUAGUAGUGAAGAAGAGGAAAAUGUGAUUGGCCCAAUGCCUGCCAAAGGACUGAUAGAAUCCAACACAGCUACAGAGUUUGAAUAUCGAGCUCAAAGGAUGAAAGAGAAACUUCUUGGUAAAGAUGAUGAAUCCAAACAAGUUACAAGAGAGACUUGGAUGACAGAUCUUCCACCAGAACUCAAAAACUUUGGACUUGGUCCACGGACAUUCAAAAGAAGAGCUCAUGACAAAUCAGUAGAUAGAUCAGUUUGGACUGAUACCCCUGCAGACAGAGAAAAGAAAGCCAGGGAAGCAAAAGAUGCAAAAAAGUCCAUCAGUAAGGAUGAUGCAGAAAUUCUCCUGUCGGAGAGAGACAAAAGACUGGUUGAGCAGUUGUCCUCAUACAAUGAUUCUCAGAGAUCUGAAUCUCUUAUGGAUAUACAUCAGAAAAAACUAAAGAGCAAAAGUGUUGAGGAGAAGAAUAAGCCCCAGGAGAGAAGGCCAUUUGACCGUGACCAGGAUCUCCAAGUCCAUCAGUUUGAUGAAGCACAAAAGAAAGCCCUCCUAAAAAAAUCUAGAGACUUGAACACCAGAUUUUCCCAUGGCAAAUGCAAUAUGUUUCUGUAAUGUAAGCAUAUGAUGAUAUUGAAGUAUAGUUGUGUGCUGUUGAAAACAUCAUGUCGUACCAUAUAAUAAAACAUCUAUGUAUAUAAAAUACAUGCAUGAAAAGCAAAUUUUCUUUCGGUCAUAGUAUCCAUAGUAUAUUUAGGACCUUUUGGAUUAGACCUACAAUAAUAUACAUGUGGUCGGUUCCUUCAAAACAUUAUUGAAAUUAAUAGGCCUAUCAUGAAUAAGCAGUCAAGUUUUAAAUAUUCAUACACACUCUCAUAAAUGGAUUUUGAGGAAAUAAAUUUAAUUGGUUUAGAUUCCUUGUUUAUGGAGCUAUUAAGACUUAAAAUGACAGGAUGUCAUAUUCCAGAAUUUGAAGUUUAGGCCUGAUAAUGAGAAAGGGAUAGUCAAAUGAAAGUGGGCAAAUAACAUGAGAUCCUGCUUUAAUUUUUAAGUUUCAGGGAAUAUUGCCAUAGAUACCUUCACAGUAUAUUUGACAGGAAGGUAAGUAUAUGGAUAAAACAUACUCUCUUUCUACAACCCAUUGUAUUUAACAGCAAUUGUCUUCCAUUCUCUGUUGGAUAAGCAAUUGUGGAUAAGAGGAACAGAGUUGGUAAUUCCUCAGACUGGAAUUUAGUAAGAAAGGUUUCACUCUCAAGGGUGUGGUGCACAUUUCCUUCUAACCUCCAUUGGUGGUAUUAUACUUUUUAUAGAUGUGUGAAAAAGAUGUUGUGCAGGUAUAGCUUCUCCCAUCAUUGUAGUGCUGUGGAAGCAGAAGUUGCACUUCUCGAUCUUCCCCCACUUUCGAAGCACAGCUCCUCCCUCUCUCCGGAUUAAAUAUUAGCAUCCCCAUACAGAGGAGGGUGUUGCAAAGCAGAAUUUCUAUCCCUACAUAGUCAUCUUGAAUACACAGGAAAACUAACAAAGCUGUUCUUGUUAAGGUUUCUGAAUAUAUGUUAAAAUGUGAAUGUCUGUGGCAUAUGCAGUAUGUAAAUAAAAAAGAACCAAUAUUGUCUCCAGAAA